CCUCCCCUCUGGACUAUACAAAUACAGACUGGUUUUCUGCACUGGUGCUGUACGAAGCAGUUUUCUAUCGCCGUGAUUUUUCCUGUGUGAAGAAACAAUACAGACAGCAAUGAGGCUGAUCUAUUGCUGCAGUGCUUUGCUGCUGCUCAUCCUUCUGCCCAGAACCUGUCAAGGUGGCAACAUCUUGGUCCUUCCUGCUGAAGGCAGCCACUGGAUAAACAUGGAUAUCAUUCUUCAAGCUCUGCACUCCAGAGGACACAAUAUAACUAUUAUUCGUUCCAGCAAAAGCUGGUACAUCAAGGAUAACUCCACUCAUUACAGCACCUACACAGUUCCCGUAGAGAGGAGCUUAGACAAAGAGAUGAUCACAAAAUUGGUUUCUUACGUUAUAGAUCUUGAACGGGGAGCCCUUCCCUUGACAAACUUUCUCUAUUUUUCUGUUGGCAUGCUUGGCACAUUUUUUGCAGCACAUGAAGCUGUGGUUGAAUAUGUAUCUGCGAUUAUAGAUGACAGACAGUUGAUUAGAAUGUUGAAUGACACCAAGUUUGACCUGGUCCUCACUGACCCCUGCUGGGGAAGUGGCCCCAUUUUGGCCAAAUAUCUGAACCUUCCUGUGGUUUACAAUGUUCGCUGGCUCAUUCCUGAAGAAGCUCACUUUGGUAUUGCCCCUUCACCCAUAUCUUAUAUUCCUAUAACACAAUCUGGCUGCACUGAUAAGAUGUCCUUUAUUCAGAGAGUUAAAAACAUGAUUUUCUAUGUAGUAUCCCAAAUGCAAGUGCAACUGGUGUCAAAGGUAGUAUAUCAGAAAACAUGUGAUAAGUAUCUGGGGCCUGACAGGGAUUUUUACCAGUUAAUGAUUGAUGCAGACAUUUGGCUGAUGAGACUGGACUUUGUGUUUGACUAUCCACGCCCCACAAUGCCUAAUGUUGUGUACAUGGGAGGGUUCCAGUGUAAACCUGCAAAACCUCUGCCUCAACACUUGGAGGAGUUUGUGCAGAGUUCUGGAGAGCAUGGCGUCGUCAUCAUGUCUCUGGGGACUUUUGUGAGCGAACUACCUGCUGACAUGGCAAAUAAGAUCGCUGCAGCUUUUGCUAAACUUCCUCAGAAAGUCAUCUGGAGGUAUAAAGGCAGCAGACCAGACACUCUGGGCAACAACACUUUGCUGGUGGACUGGAUGCCUCAGAACGACCUUUUAGGACAUCCUAAAGUAAAAGUGUUUGUGGCUCAUGGAGGAACAAAUGGAGUCCAAGAAGCUCUUUAUCAUGGUGUCCCAGUUGUGGGUCUCCCAGUGUUUUUUGACCAGUACGAUAACCUACUCCGACUAGAAUACAGAGGAGCAGCUAAGAUUCUUAAAUUAUCUGCAGUGGACAAAGACAAUGACUUCCUAAAAGCUAUCCAGGAGGUCCUGAACGAACCCUCCUACAGGAUGAACAUACAGAGACUCUCUAGGCUGCACAGAGAUCAGCCAAUCGAACCGAUGGAUAAUGCCCUCUUCUGGAUCGAAUUUGUCAUGAGACACAAAGGUGCAGCUCACCUGAAACCAGCGUCGCUUAGAAUGUCCUGGUUUUCCUACCACUCUGUAGACGUAGCUCUGUUCCUGGGUGGAGCUGUGCUGCUUGUGGUUCUGUCUACUUUCUUCUUGAUUAGGUGUUUGUGUCAUGCAAUGUGUAAAUCUAAAGUGAAACGUGAGUAAUGAUUGAAAAGAUAUAUGGUACGUUUGGUACAAGACAUUUAUUUCAAAAAUGAAAUACCUAUAGAAAAAUGGAUCAGCUUUUCCUGAGAUGGCAAGAUUUGAGAGCUGAUGAAACAUAUUUACAGUCACUAAGCAAUGUCAUGAUUUUUUUAGAAAAAUAUUUUACAUUUUACCCUCCAGAAAGAUCCCCAACCCAGGCUGGAACACAACCGGGGAUCUUUGAACUAUGGGGCAACGGUACUAACCACUGAUUCACUGUGAAGCUCCAAAAACAUUCAAUAUUCUAGUAAAUUAUUUGGAUGAACUAAAUGCAUUCAUUCUCCAUCCUCACAACUAACACAACAGAAAUAAAACAACUGGACUUAAUGUUAGGAAUUGCAUAUCCUGCUGUGGAUAUUUCAGUCCUGUGCAGUUCUGUGUGUUUGUAUUUAGAUCUGCAUUAACCAGGUGCAGCAUCCUCGUUUUGAGAAGCCAAUGCAAUAUAGGAGAUCAUUUUAAUCAGUUCUACGGAGGUCUGUGAAGUGUACCGUUUUUCACUCUGCUCCAGUUGCUUCUACGAUUUAAAAAUAAAAAAAAUGUAGAAGUUGUCAGCUGUAAAAAAAAACUACAAUAAAUAUGACUUGAUUCUUUA